GCCAGCUAGAGCGGUGAGAUAGUCACGUGUAGCUGUAAAUAAAUCCAUCAUAGCUUUUGUCCCUGCUCUGAUUGGUCUUUGCGUCGGCAACAGAUCGAUUGACUAACAUUACAUGGGGUUCUUGAGGCUUUACCAAAGAUUAUUGCCAAACUUACAAAGCUCACCGGGAGCGUCUUUAUUGUUGCUGAAAUUCUGGAAAUCCUUUACAUGAAUUCUCCUUUGUCCUAUCAAAGCGAAGGAUCUUAGAUUGUCCCGAAGUUUUCCCAGCUCGGCUCGUUUACUUCUUCCACUCACUCACUCUUCACAUCACCUCCAGGUUCAUCUAUCUCCUCCAUUGAACAGCAAGAGACAUCUCAUAAUCAACGCUAUAUAUAUACAUCUAUAUUCUCAGGUAGAGAUCCAUUUCGAGAAGAUUCGCACAUUCAUCACGUGUAGCAAACAUAAAGAUGACUUCAACAUAUCCAACUUAUAUCUACAAAAUCAUUCCUUCUGAUGCGAAACCUGCUUCACCACUUCCAGAAGUCCUUCCAGUUUCUGAUCUCGAUAAGAGAGAUGGAUUCGUUCACUGCUCUACCUCGAAGCAACUGCUACGAACUUUGAAUGCAUUUUUCUCAAACGAAUCCCACGUCUACAUUCUCCGCAUCAAGUAUGAGCAAGUAGCUCCAUACAUCAAAUGGGAGAAUGCAGUGGGAAAGCAGCCCGAAGAAUUAGGCGGAUGUUGGGAUACAGAGGGAAAAGCGGGAUUCUUUCCUCACAUCUAUAAUGGGUUGAAGGUUGGAAAAGAGGAAGUCGAAGAUGUAGGAGAGUGGAGAAAAGGAAACGAGGGUUGGUCCGGUGAGGACUGGUGUUGGGGAGAGGUGGAUCGCCCCAUCUAAUUAUGGGAUGAGGAAGACUACAAUGUUAAAGGAUAAGCUUGGAGAUGAAUAACUUCUUGCAAUAGGUCACUCUCCCGACUAUAAUUCGCAUUUGUGACAUUGUGAUUUGGGUGAGAAGCGGCGCAAGUUUCUUGAUUCAGACGGAUCCAAUAAUUGGCAUCUCUAAUAUCUUAGGGAACAGUGGAACAGUGGAACGAAACCCAGUUUAGAUCUGGCACUCUCACGAUAUCACCGUAUUCUUUGACACUCGAAAUCAAUCACAGGUCGACUUCAAAGCAUGAUCCAAUUCUCUUCUUUUACCUACUUUCUUCA